UCCGAUUUGAAUUUCAUUCAGUCUGCAAAAGUAUCUACAGCGUUUCGGUUGUAUUUCAGCGGCGGCGCUAACGUAUUUCGCUCCACUUAGUGUUUGUAGUAGCACACAAAAAUUAUAAAUUGACGCGCGUUCAAAAUUUUCCCCUAUAAAUAGUGAGUGCUUUCUCGAGUGUGAGCGUCGCAGAGUAAAGUGAAAAAAAAAAUAAUAAUUGUGAAAUGCAAAUGAAAUGAGCUUUUCCUCUUUGUCGCCAUUGUCGAUCGAAUUGGAUCUUAAGUGUGCCACUUUGUGCCUAUUUUAGUGCUGCCAGUGCUGGCGCGUGAGUGGCAAGCGGGAGGCGUGCACCGGUCAACUCGUCGGCAUCACUGCAACUUGUAUUAAGCGACGAUUCAAAUUGUUGUUGAUUUUUCUACACUUAACUCUACUUCUUCCAAGUUUCGCGUUCGGCAAUAAAACCGCCACUUUUGUGGAAAUCAUUGAGAGAAUUUCUAGAAUUCCUCAAAAUUCAAGUGGCAACUACAUGCUUAAGUGUUGCUGAGUGUGUUGUAAGUGCGGAAAAGCUAACAAACAGCGGCAGCCGGAAAAAACAUACUUGAGUUGUGUGUUGUUGUUAUUUAACGGGAAUCGUGAAAACAGUUCAAGAGUGGUUUUUGAGAAAAAUCUUCAAGCAAUAAUAAUAAAAAAAUAAUCAAACAUAAAAAAUAAAGCAAAUAUAAAAAAGUUUUAACGAAGUAUCAGCAGCUAACGGCGAGACAAUAAUAACAACAACAAAAUUCGUGGCAACAAUUUGUACACGUUUGGCACGAUGGAGGGCGGCUACGUGAAUGAAGAAGAUUCCGAUGCAAUAAUGGGAGUGGAGAGUCCAGCUAUCAUUAAUUCCAAUACUCAUUCGGCAAAAUUUCAAAAUCCAUUCUCGGCUAAAAAUACAACACCAUUAAACACAACAACACAAUUGUCACCAAACAAAUUGCAAGAGCAACAACAAGCAACAAUGAAAAAUUCAUCACCCCCAUUGGCAUCACCAAAUUCAUUUCGUACGAAUCGCAUUGCUUCGGCUUGGCAGGAUCUCGUUCGAAAAGUGCGAAAUUUCGAUUAUAAUCGCGUGAAAAAUAUAAAAGAACAUUUUCAUAUCGAAUUCGUAACGAAGGAGAAAUUUUCGGGUGGCCAACUGAAAACAAAAAAUGGACAAAAAUAUGUAUUCAACGGUCCACCGUCGGGCAUUUACGUGACCAGAACAUGCGUAUUCUUCACCGCGAUAGUGACGGUUGUGGCGCUCAUCUUCACCAUACUCAUCACAUAUUUCUUGACAGCCAACUCCAUGACAACACCCAGCUGCUUCAAUGGCAACUCAAAUAAGAACUCACCGCCCUUGGCGCUGUCCUCCAAUUCGAUUGGCCCACAAUACAACAGCACUCCAGUGGCGACGGCUAGCAUACUUGGCACGGCACCACAUACCGCCAGUCCCAUAUCGAAAUAUGGUACUACACCACCAAUCGCGCCAAUCGGUGAUAUCAGCUUACCACCAGAGCAUGACAUCCUCGGUGCCGACAAGAGUAAAGCAGCCGAUAGGAAAUUGCAGCUACACGAUGGUUGGAGACCGCUGCAUUACAACAUUGUGAUUGAGCCGAACAUUAAAACCGCCACCAACAAUGGUAGCAUUACCAUUGAGGUACAACGUGACGCCAAUAUCCCUACUCUGCUUCCGAUUAUUCUUGAUGUGCACAAUAUUUCCAUUUCGAAUGUGCGCGUCAUACGCUCGCCCAGCAAUGACUCAACCAGCGAUGAAAUCGAAUUGGAUUUCGAUGGUAAAUACGGUGAGAACAACUCAUCCUUUGUGGUGGCCGUUAGUAAAGGUAUUGAGGAUGAGCGCGAUGUCAAGUUGAUUGUUAGCAUGGAUUUUGUUAGUCAGAUAACCGACACGCUUCAAGGUGUGUACAGAACAAGCUAUACGAAUUUGGAAACCAAUAAAAUCGAAUGGAUGGUCAGCACGCAAUUUUCGCCCGUCGAUGCUCGGCGCGCAUUCCCUUGCUUCGAUCGUCCCGACAUGAAGGCAAACUUUACCAUUACUAUUAUUCGCGAUGACAAACUCGGCAUGGCGUUGUCUAAUAUGCCGCUCUAUCGUAGCUCUGUACACCGUCCCGGCUUCACGCGCGAUGAUUUCGUAACGUCACCAAAGAUGCCCAUCUACAGCUUCGCCUUUGUCGUCUCCAAUUUGGUGAAAUCUCAUUAUUCCGACUUGGAUGCAAGCCUAGUACCGCGCGUAGAGAUAUGGACCCGCCCUGAAAAUACCGAAAUGACAAAUUAUGCGUAUUCAAUGCUGCGAAAGUUCCUGCCCUACUUCGAAGAUUAUUUUGGCAUAAAGAACCGUCUGUCGAAAAUCGAUAUGGUGUCGAUACCGGAUUUUGGUUUUAGCGCUAUGGAAAAUUGGGGACUAAUUACAUUCAGAGAUUCCGCUCUCCUCGUGCCCGAAGAUCUUGAUCGUGCUUCUUCGUCAGAACACAUGGAACAUGUUGCCCAGAUUGUCGCACACGAAUUGGCGCAUCAAUGGUUUGGCAAUUUGGUCACACCCAAAUGGUGGGACGAUCUUUGGCUGAAGGAAGGUUUUGCCUGCUACAUGAGCUACUUGGCGCUGAAUUCCAUACGUCCCGAAUUCCAAAUUAUGGACACUUACACCAUCUACGAAUUCGGCGAUGCCAUGCAACAUGAUGCCGACAACAGUUCGCAUUCCAUUGCUUUCGAUGUGAAAUCAACAACCGACAUACGUCGCAUCUUCGAUCCGAUCACCUAUUCAAAGGGUAACAUACUGCUGCGUAUGUUGAGCUCAUUUGUGGGCGAUGAAGCCUUCCGUGCGGCCACACAAGAUUUACUGAAGUCCUACGCUUACGACAAUGCCGAUCGUGAUGUGUUGUGGGAUUUUAUGACACGACAUGCGCAUGAGCGUAAGACCCUGCCCGAUAGUCUGCAAGUGAAAACGGUAAUGGAUUCAUGGAUAAUGAAACCUGGUUAUCCCGUUGUAACCGUCGAGCGCCGUGAUGCUGAUCUGGUGUUGACACAAGAACGUUAUAUGUUGCCCUCGCGAAAUAUGUCGGAUGACAGCCGUUUUGUUGUGCCGAUUACCUUCGAAACGGAUGAGCUACGCAAGGGCGACAAUAUACCUACACAUUGGAUGUUGGAGACUGAUCGACAGAUUGUCAUAAGCGACGCCUUUACCUCGGAAAAUAAUACGGAUAAUGUGGUGUACGUGAACUUGAACCGUCAGGGUUACUAUCGCGUCAACUAUGAUAUGCCCUCAUGGUUAGCAUUGAAGAAAAAAUUCACCACGCUUCCCCGUAUCACACGCGCACAACUUUUGGAUGAUGCUUUGCAUUUGGCGCAAGCCGAGUACUUGACCUAUGACAUACCGCUGACCUUCCUUAUGGAGAUCUUCACAGCCACCGAUGACGAACUACUGUGGCGUGCAACGCAACGUGGCCUCAAUUACCUCAUCUAUAUGCUGCAUCGCGAGCCUGCCUAUGAGACAUUCAGAGCCUUUAUGAAAUUCAUUGUACGCCCCGCCUUCGACCGCUACGGCUUGAAUGAGCCGGACAAUGAGUCGCACAUACAGUUGCAACAUCGCGCCAAUAUUGCGCGUCUCGCAUGCAAAUUCAACUACGAUCGCUGUACAAUGCCAGCGCACCGGAAGUAUCGCGAGUGGAUGGCCGAUCCCAAACUCAAUCCCAUUAAGCCAAAUUUGAAAUCGAUCAUUUAUUGCACGGCGCUCGCUGAGGGUUCCUUCCAGGAAUGGUAUUUUGCUUACAAACAAUACAAACGCACCACAAGCGCAUCCGAGAAGGAACAGAUCUUAACAUCUUUGGGCUGCACCACAAAGCCAUGGCUGCUCUCCAAAUAUCUAAAUAUGACCAUCGAUCCAACUUCUGGUAUAUUGAAGCAGGAUGGCGCUCGCGCUUUCCGCGCCGUUGCUGAGAAUCCGAUUGGUUACGAAAUUGCAUUUGAUUUUCUGCAAUCGAAAAUCAAGGAAAUCUCUGAAUACUUCGGCGACGGUUUCUCCACACUCACCGAAAUGAUCAAAUCCAUCACCACCUACAUGAAUAAGGAAUACCACAAAGAUCAGCUGCAGCAAUUUGCCGAUCGUGCACGCAAACUCGGUCUGACAGCAGUCGAAGAAGCCAUCGGCUUGGCCAUGGAGCAAGUUAACAACAACAUUUACUGGCGUGAGCAUUCUUACUACCAACUGAAGGACUUCCUAGAAGCGAUAGUUAGCGAAUUUCACAUAAAUAUAUUUUAAGUAAAACGAAAGUACGCUGGUAGAGAGUAAGAAACAGGAGAACGAAAAGGCAAACAUGCAAGAGCAGUGCUUAGGAAUCUAGGAAAUGAGUUUGAGCGUUAUGUAAGUGGCUGAUGUUUGAUUGAGAGUGCAGUGCGCGUGGAGCAGACUAAAUGAAUGAGCGAUUUGUUGUAAAAGUGUACAAUCUACUCAUUUCCUUUUUAGCAUAAGAUAGUUUACUAUGUAGUGUAAGCGUGUAAGCUGUUGUAAGAGGAACCACAUAGGAGCUUUAAAUUUUGCGUGACAACAACAAGCAAUUCACCGUUAACAAAAACAAAAAUCGUAUUGACAUUGAAAUUUUUGUAUUUAAGCACACAAUUGAAAAUUAUAUAUUGUAAUAAUAUUUUGUUUUGCCAACAAAGUGAUAUAUUUGUAUAAGUGAAUGUACCAUAUUUCCUCUGCUGAAGAAAUGAAGCCAACUUUUAACUAACGGAAAAAGAGAGUGUAAAAGUAAUGUGAAUUUAUUUUUUUAGCACAGAAGCAACGAGUAUUUUGAAUUAUAUUUUGUAAUUUAAAUUUAUUAUUAAUCAUUUUAAAUUUGUUAUAAUUAAUUUCAAAUUUAUUAUUAUUAAUUUCGAUUAUUAUUAUUUUUUAUUUAUCAUUAACGAUUUUGAUUUUGCCUUGUAAGAUGAUAUUUUUAGUGUUUUUCUUUCGAAUUAUUUAUUUGCUCAUAAAAUAAUUAUUUACUACUUACAAAAAUGCGCGCCAAUAUCUAUAAGAAUUUAAAUACAAAUACAAUCAGUGUUUAAUGUGUGAAUAAAAUUCAAAAUUAAGCAGCAUUUAAAGGGGUUUUAGGCAACCCUGAGCAUUUGAAAAUUGUCAAUUUGUAAAUAUGCUUAUCAAAAGUAUUGAAUUUGUAUGUUAAACUUCACAAAAUGGCGCGUUCAUAUUAAAAACACUAACACAUACAUAUAGUAUAUACAUAUACCUAUAUGUACACGAACGAUUUGAAUACCAAUAACGACACUACGCCACAAUAAUACACUAUUUACUUACAUAUAAAUAUUUAAAAAUACUACCAUAUAAUACUUAGACACUUACAGUUACACAUACAAACACAUCAACUAUACGAAAAUAUUUAAUUUUUAUAAUUAUAAUGUCAAAUCAUCAGGUCUCUAUUAUAUAACAGAUAUUUUUAACAUUUUUAUAUACCAAUUGUAACUGUAAAAUUAAUUAGUUAUGUCUACUCAUAUAACCACAUUACAAUUUAAACAACUAAAUUUAAUAAUUGUAGUGAUGUUCCUAUGUUGAAGCGCAUGCAUACAUAUGUAUGUAUGUGUGUAAAAUAUAUAUUUGUAUGUAAAACGAACUGCAAAUAAUUGCAGGAAAAAUUUAACUAUUUUACUAAAAACUAAAAAUUUGGCCAGAAGCACGAUUUUAGCUAUAAGUUCAAUAAGAAUAAACAUGAAAAUUAAAUAAUAAAAAAAUUAUUAAAUAAAUAAUAAAAAAAUAAAUAAAAAGAAAAAGAAAAACUAUUUUAUUAAAACAUUUUCGAAAACAUGUUGCAUACUUAUCAACGCAGUGCAUUUCACAGCGAUUUUGGAACUGAAAUUGCUGGAACAUGCCUGAGAAACAGAAAAAAAUAAAUACUAAAAUUUCUAACGGCACGCAAAAUAAACUUAAAAUAUUACAAAAUUAUUUAAAAAUUUAAUUUAAAUAUUUUUUCAGUAAAAAAAAAUUUGUUUAAAAUAUUAAAAAAAAUUAAAAACUGAAUUGAAAUAUUUUUUGAGUAAAAAAAAUUAGUUUAAAUUAUUAAAAAAAAUUAAAAAAAAAUUUAAUUGAAAUAUGUUUUGAGUAAAAAAAUUUGUUUAAAAUAUUACAAAAAAUGACAAAUUUAAUUCUUUUGACAAAAACUAUUUGAAAUACGACAAAUCUCAUUAAAUAUUUUUUAGACAACUAUACGCAUGAUUCAAUUGCAUAAGGUUGUGCUACUUUAGAGCGUUCCUCUUCUUACGAAAAUAUUUUUUAAAAAAUAAUGACAAAUAACAUUUUUUUCUCAUGAAUUUCUUGAUUACAUUUUGAUGAUUUCAAACUUUUUUUACAAUUUUUUUAUAUUUUUUUUUUGCGUUUUUUUUAAUUUUUUUUGUAUUGAGUUAUCACUCAAAGUAUUUUCAUUAGCUAAAAUGAUUAAAAAAACAAGACAAAAACGUUAAUUUUGGCUGCGGAAGCUAACAAAAUGAGUGUUUCGGUUGUCCGAUAAAUAACCGACCUCAAC